AUAAAUUGCUGUUAUUGCUUUUCCCUUUCUAUUUCAGACUACAUGGCCUUUCCCUUUCUUCUGGGUUGGUGUAAAAAGGUUUAUAAGUUUUUUUAAUUUUGUUCAGGGUAGAUUGGACUGUGGAGUGAAUUGUAAGUAAAGCUGGUAAUUACCAAUAUAUCCAACCUCUUUUGGGUUAAACAGUUGGUCAUAUCUUAUUGCUUCUUUUUGUUGCUUACAACCGUUUGGAAGCUCAGAAUUUCCCAUACAACACAAACCCAUGACAGGGUUUUUAUAGUUGUGGAUGAUGUGCUUGUUCCCUGGUUUUAAUUUUGUAGAUGAAAAUCUAUGUGAGAGGCUACUGAGGUGAGGCUUUGCUGGGAUUUGAAAUGGACAGGCGGAGCUGGCUAUGGCGAAGAAAGUCUUCAGAGAAGAGUCCUGGUGAGACCGAGAGUUCGGGAUCAUUAUCUUCUCAUUCUGAAAGAUUUUCUGAUGAGCAGGCAUAUCCAGCUCAAAGUACUCAAUCACCAGAAGUCACAUCUAAAGUUGCAAUUGUUGAUGAAGAAGCUAAUGAUAGUGUGAAGACCUUAACGGAGAAACUAUCUGCUGCUCUUCUGAACAUUAGUGCCAAAGAUGACUUGGUAAAGCAGCAUGCCAAAGUUGCAGAAGAAGCUGUCUCAGGCUGGGAGAAGUCUGAAAAUGAAGUAUUAGCUUUAAAGCAACAACUUGAGGCUGCCAACAAGAAGAACUCAGCUCUUGAAGAUCGUGUUGGUCAUCUUGAUGGAGCAUUGAAAGAAUGUGUGAGGCAGCUUAGACAAUCCAGAGAAGAUCAAGAUAAUAAGAUCACCGAAGUUGUUGCGAAGAAAACUCAUGAAUGGGAAUCUACAAAGUCUGAGCUUGACAGACAGCUUUCUGAGCUUCAGGCUCAACUUCAGGCCGCUAAAGCUGAAGCUGCUGCUUCAAUUAAUUCUGAUCUCCGCCCAAAGCUUAAGGCUGUAGAGAAAGAAAACUCAGCCCUCAAACUUGAUCUUCUUUCUCGAGCUGAGGAGAUAGAACUCAGGAUUAUGGAGAGGGACUUGAGCACACAGGCUGCUGAAACAGCCAGCAAACAACAUCUAGAAAGCAUCAAGAAGGUGGCUAAGCUUGAAGCUGAGUGCCGCAGGCUAAAAGCUACGGCUCGUAGAGCUUUCCCUGCUAAUGAUCACAAGUCCUUUACUGUCUCCUCAUUUUGUGUGGAAUCUUUCACGGAUAGCCAGUCGGACAGUGGGGAAAGGCUACUUGCGGUUGAAACUGAUUUGCGCAAAAUGAGUCGCUUGGAACCUAAUUAUUGUGAAUCAAGCCGUUCUGACUCAUGGGCAUCUGCUCUAAUCACAGAACUUGAUCAGCAUAAGAAUGAGAAGGCUCUUGGGAGGAGCCUUACAGUCUCUUCAGUAGAAAUCAAUCUCAUGGAUGAUUUCCUUGAAAUGGAAAGGCUUGCAGCUUUGCCAGACACAAAAAGUGGGAGCCGUUCCCUUGAAAAAGGGCCUGCUUUGGAUCAAGUCAAUGCUGCCGAAAGCCCUAUGAAAGCAGAACUUGAAGCCAUGAUUAACAGGACUGCUGAACUGGAGGAAAAGUUGGAGAAUUUGGAGGCCGAAAAAGUGGAAUUCCAGAUAGUUUUAACUGAAUGCCAAAAGCAGCUGGAGACAUCAAGGAGUCAGCUUAAGGAAGCAGAGGUAAGGUUGGUAGAACUGCAGACUCAGUUAGCACUAGUGAACGAAUUAAAGAUGGCGGCAGAUCAAGAAGUAAAGGUUACCCAAACAAAAUGGGAAAUGGCAGAGUCACAACUCAGAGUUGUUGAAGCUGAGGUCAAAACCUUGCAUUUGAAAGUUGGUUCAUUAGAAGAAGAGGUUGAGAAGGAGCAUGCCUCUUCAGCAGAAAAUGUGGUCAAGUAUCAGAAAUUGGAGGAUGAGCUUUUAAGAAUGAAAAGAGAAGCCGAGCUCCACCGUGAAGCUGAGCUCCAGCGCUUGACAAACACUAAUGGUGAAUUGAAGAUAAAGGAGGAAAAGGAACUUGCAGCGGCUGCGAGUAAAUUUGCAGAGUGUCAGAAAACAAUUGCAUCCCUUGGCCAGCAGUUGAAGUCUCUUGCAACACUGGAAGAAUUCCUGAUUGACUCUGAAAAGCCUUUGGAACUCACUAGUGAGGGAAUUCAAGGGCCUAAAAAUAGUAGAGAACCAUUGAAAUUGCAAAUUAGCAACCUGAAUUUGCCAAAAAGAGAUUCUGACUCUAUGAAAAUAGUCAGUGAUGGUUCAAGUCUUUCAAAGAACAGCUAUGAAAGUGAGUCAUCAUUAUCACCAAACCCAUCCAAUGCCUCUGAGAAAAACCGAAAUGGGUUUGGGAAGUUUUUCCCUAGAAAUAAGAGUGUGACUCGGAAUGAAAAUCUGUGAGAAUGAUAAACUAGAGAAAUUGAUAGAAAAUUAGUAGGCUUGAAUUUUUCUUUGUAAAGUUGCUUUAUUUGUUCUUAUUACCAACACUGUAGAUUCGAUGCUUGCGAAUCAGCAGUUUUAUUUACAUACAAGGUGCAUCUUGGAGAACAGAAAUUGUUCAAAGAAGUUAUAGUGAUACGUCAAGUUCGAAAUUAGAAUUUCUAAUUGCUUUUUAA